AUGUUUCUUCUUCACUUGCAGAUAACCGCAUUUGAUGAGCUGCAGGCUGACUUCAAGGUGCCGAUAGACCAAGGCAAUCCUCUCCAUGCGAGGGAGAGACUGAGGAACAUUGAGAGGAUUUGCAACCUGCUGAGAAAGUUGGUGCUGCCGGAAUAUUCCAUCCAUGUUCUCUUCUGCAUCAUGUUCUUGUGUGCCCAAGAGUGGCUGACUGUGGGCCUCAACAUCCCCCUGCUCUUCUACAACACCUGGAGUAGGUACUUCCAUUCCCCGACGGACACCAAGGAGUUGCUCUACGACCCGGCGUCGGUGAUGAACGGGGACACGCUGAAGUUCUGCCUGAAGGAGGCCUGGUGCAAGUUGUCCUUCUUCGUCCUCUCCUUCUUCUACUAUCUCUACUGUAUGAUCUACUCCCUGGUUACCUCGUAACAACCCACUCCUGGAGAGACCAUGGCUACACUAACUGCCAUAUUUACCGGAGUUUCUCUUUGUAAACCAAGCAAAGAGAGUUUCCUCUGAUUGGUUCUUUCACAAGAGAAGGGACAUACCGUAUGUCUGAACUGAGUCUACCAUUUACCGUUUGAUUGGUCGUAGCCACUGCCUGGGGAACAUUUAGGACGUAAACACACACUUCCACAGCUUCUUCUUGAGGGCCACAGUCACCGACACUUACCGGUAGCAGCGAUGGUAGCAUGGAAGUUGAAGAGCACAGUAACGUUUGCACAGUUUGUCUCAGGCACAGCAGGGGGAAUCACCCCAACACUGCCCGACCCAGCACAGAUCACCCGUCUCCCCUCACCCGUCGUAGCAAGGGUGAGUGGGAAACGGGUGGGUGGGGUAGAUGAGUUGUAUCGCACUGCUUAAGGGGAAAAAACGACUCUUUGGAUGACUUAGCGUGGUGUGCAUUUUGAUGUACUCUUUGACAAAAGGCAUUUUGACUCAAGCAUCGAGCUUCUGUAUAGCAGCAAAUGCCUUUUUAUUCUUGUUUUGGUGUUGUGCCACGACCAAGGACGUUUCUAAAGACUCGCCUGUCCUUUGCACAAGUAGUGUAUUUAAUCUUGCACAAUGUUCGGCUGCGCGUCCAAGAUGGCGGGUGGUAAUCCAGCCAAGGUCUUCCAGUGUCUACCAUUCCAAACAGGGAAGUACUUUUCCACCUCUGUUCAAGCAAGGGACCAAAAUGCCUUCUUCUUUGGUAAGUUUUUCUUCCAAUGAAAGAAAGAAGAAGAAUGAAUGAUGCACAAAAAGGGACAUUGUGGACUACAAGCACUGGUUCCAACCUACCAGUGACACUGAACUCUGUACUCCGUCCAGCACAUACUGUAUGCUUGCUAGAACGCAUCAAAGUAAGAUGUAGCCUCCCAUACUGAGGUCAGACUAGUAGUCUUUGAACGAUAACGUACACUCCUGAACACAAUCUUUAGGACGGGAGGGAAAUUACAAGUACAGUACUGUAGUAGUAUUUUGUUACCAGACUGUAAACUCCAAGUCGGGACCCAAGGUGGACCACUCCUUAUAUCUCACAUCUCUGCACCCUGACUUGUCUACAUGUACAUUCUGAUUGAUUGAUUGAUUGAUAAAUAGAACAUUAAAAUGUGAAAAGAAGAAACAGAAAUAAGAGUUAGUCCAAACUGUUUAAAAGCCCGUAGAAAAUGUCCACAUCUGGCUUUUGUGUCCUUUCCUGUCAGGCAUCAACUCCUGAUGCAAAAAGUGUUGAAGUGUACGUAAGCUUGAGGGAGAUACAACAACGGAUUCAACAUGUCUGAAAAGAUCCUGAGGUUUAUAAAAGAAAGAAACUUCAAAGCAUCUCCGUGAAGACACAGCAGGAUCCUUCACCCAAAUAAGGACCUUGCUGAGUCCUGACUUGUCCAUGUCAACAAUCCUGCCAUGUUCAAAGAGAGACAUGUGGUCUAACAGAGGCCAUGAUGUCUGACUGAAACAGGACUUACAGGUCUUACAUUUUUGAUUAGCUGGGAAAAUAAGAAUUGAAUGCAGUUUUCAAUAAACGACCCCAGUCCCCUUCUUGCCUCUUGCUAGUCUUCCUUUAUUUUGUUGCUUGACUUGGAUCAUUUCCCCCAGUCUUAAAGUUCUGUUCAGGAGUGAAUGUUCUGUCCCAAACGGAGCACAUGUCUCCCAAAUGAAGUCUUAGACCUGCAUCCUUUAGGCGUAAAGACCUAACCACGUUGUUGCUAGACUACGUUUCCACCACCGUCCUGAAGGAAACAUAUGAAGUCCUGCAGUUUGUCCCAUUCCAUUUUUUUUACCCUUACUGUGUUUGUGAAUUUAGAUAUUGUUCAUGAAAUAAACUAUUUUA